AAAUUUUUAAUCCAAUCAAGAAUUUCCCAUUUUCACUGUGCCAGCUGAAUUUCUGCUGAGCUAGAUGGAUAAGCAUAUCCCUACAUAGUGAAAUCAUUCAUGGGAUGCAAUUGAAUUCUCUUUUGCAGAGCUGAGCACAAGUUGAAAUAAACAGGAAACACAGGGAGUUUUGUGUGAAAAAAGUACAGUCUUCGGCAGCUGGCGAUGUUAAUGACGUAACUCAAAAUUUCAUACCAGACAAGAGGAGUUUGGUGGAGAAUUCAACCACAACAAAAAUCAGAGCAAAUUGUGAACCACUUUUCAAAACAUUGAAUUCAAGUAGCUCUCUUCCUCUGUAUUUGACAUCAAAUAUCUCUCUCUGACUCUCCAGCUCCCAGUGGACCUUUGUUUGGAAGCCAAAUUUUGAUUCAAAGACUCUGUAACGAGGUAGAAAAUGGGUUCGGGUCAGUGGUUAAUGGAGAAGAGAUCUAGUUUUAGAAGUGAUUCAUUUUCUAAAGAAUACGAGAAUGUGCCAGAAACUGGGUGCCUUUCCAUUAUUGUGCUUGGUGCCUCUGGUGAUCUCGCCAAGAAGAAGACUUUCCCUGCUCUCUUUAAUCUUUACCGCCAGGGUUUUCUGCAAUCAAAUGAAGUUCAUAUUUUUGGGUAUGCAAGGACUAAGAUUUCAGACGAUGAGCUUGGAAAUCGUGUUCGUGGAUAUCUUGGCAAAGAUGCAUCACCUGGGCACUCAGAAGAUGUAUCAAAGUUCUUACAGUUGAUCAAGUAUGUAAGUGGUUCUUAUGAUACUGAAGAGGGAUUUAAGCUGUUGGAUAAGGAAAUUUCAGAGCAUGAAUUAGCCAAAAAUAGUGCAGAAGGAUCAUCUCGGAGACUGUUUUAUUUUGCACUUCCGCCAUCAGUAUAUCCAAUUGUUUGCAAGAUGAUAAAAAAAUGUUGCAUGAAUAAAUCUGAUUUUGGUGGAUGGACUCGGAUUGUUGUCGAAAAGCCUUUUGGCAAGGAUUUGGAAUCUUCAGAACAACUUAGUGCUCAGAUUGGAGAGUUGUUUGAGGAACCACAAAUUUACCGCAUUGACCACUAUUUGGGAAAAGAAUUGGUGCAGAACAUGUUGGUACUUCGUUUUGCAAAUCGCUUCUUUCUACCCCUUUGGAAUCGUGACAACAUCGAUAAUGUACAGAUUGUGUUCAGGGAGGAUUUUGGAACGGAAGGACGUGGUGGAUAUUUUGAUGAAUACGGUAUCAUCCGUGAUAUCAUUCAAAACCACCUAUUGCAGGUUCUUUGCCUGGUUGCCAUGGAGAAACCCAUCUCUCUAAAACCUGAGCACAUUCGAGAUGAGAAAGUGAAGGUUCUUCAAUCAGUACUUCCAAUCAAAGAUGAAGAGGUUGUUCUUGGACAGUAUGAAGGCUAUAGGGAUGAUCCAACAGUUCCUGACCAUUCAAACACCCCAACAUUUGCUACUGUUGUUCUGCGCAUACAUAAUGAAAGAUGGGAAGGCGUUCCUUUUAUAUUAAAGGCAGGGAAAGCAUUAAACUCAAGAAAGGCAGAGAUACGUGUUCAAUUUAAGGAUGUUCCUGGUGAUAUAUUCAAGUGUAAAAAGCAAGGAAGAAAUGAGUUUGUAAUACGCCUGCAACCCUCAGAGGCUAUCUACAUGAAACUUACGGUCAAGCAGCCUGGAUUGGAGAUGUCAACUGCUCAAAGUGAACUGGACUUGUCAUACAGGCAACGAUACCAAGGUGUUACCAUUCCAGAGGCUUAUGAACGUCUAAUUCUCGACACAAUCAGGGGCGAUCAGCAGCAUUUUGUUCGCAGAGAUGAGUUGAAGGCGGCAUGGGAGAUUUUCACACCCCUUCUGCAUAGGAUUGACAAUGGUGAAAUGAAGCCAAUCCCAUAUGAACCAGGCAGCCGAGGUCCUGCAGAAGCCGAUCAACUGCUGGAAAAAGCUGGUUAUGUUCAAACACAUGGCUAUAUCUGGAUUCCUCCCACACUGUAGAAAUGCAGCAUGGUUGGCCAUGGAUAAUCCUUCAUCUAGUUGCCAUACAAUUUUAUAGGGUUUUCUGCGAGUCUAUUAUAGCUAAUUUUGUAAUCCAACCUAUCUAUGCUUAACAUACCACAGCCUUUUGUUAAUAGUUUGCUGAGAGAACUUUUCUUGUAAUCUUGAUCAAUUGCCACCCAGCCAGAACAUAAAAUCUGUUGUGUGUAUAAUAAAUAUACAGCAGAAUAAAUUUGUGAAAUAAAUGUGGAGUUGAAGAAUA